AAGUACGAAGGAGCAUCACGAGCUUCCUCUUCUUUGGAAAAGGCUGCAAAAUGGCGGACAGUGGAUCGGAUCGUGGCUCCAUUGGCGACCACGAAAGCGAUGCGGGUGCCUCGCAAAACAACCCGUAUGAGCCAAGAAAUGUUGUUCUCAAGAAAGGAGAUCGUGGUUUUGGCUUUAAUGUGCGAGGACAGGUUUCUGAAGGAGGGCAGUUGAAGUCAAUAAACGGGGUGCUCUACCCACCAUUGCAAAUGAUCAGUGCUGUACUUGAGGGUGGACCUGCCGAGGAAGCUGGCAUUAUGAUUGGCGAUAGAAUCCUGGAAGUAAACAAGAUCUCAGUUGAGGGUGCAGAUCACAAGAGGGUAGUUGAGCUCAUUCGCCAAGGGAAAGAUACCUUGGAAAUGGUUGUUAUAUCAGUGACACCAAGUGAAGCCAGAAAACUGGAUGGACCAGCUGAUGCUGCAGGACCAGUUGAUCCAUAUGAUUAUUCUGAAAGAAGAGGCAUUCCAAUAACAAUACCUGAUACAAGAACAGAAGAAGCUCAUGGUCAGAAGUAUGUGGUGUAUAAUAUCUAUGUAUCAGGGAAAUAUGUUUGUGCAAGGCGAUACAGGGAAUUUGCUAUUCUCUGUUCUGAACUUAAAAAGAGAUUCAGGGAUUUUUCAUUCCCAAAGUUUCCUGGAAAAUGGCCUUUUCAGCUGUCUGAUCAGCAACUAGACACAAGACGGCGUGGCUUAGAAACAUUUCUGGAGGAAGCUGUCAGUGUUCGUGUGAUGUCAGAAAGUGAUAUAGUUCAGGACUUUCUCAAGUCUGAAAAACCAGAGCCGAAACAACUCACUGGUGACGUCAACACAGAACUGCGCAUAAUCCUGCCUGACAGGAGCAUGGUCUUAGUCAACGUGCAAAGAAGCUUUAAAACGCAGAAAGUCUACGAGGCAGUUGUAAGAAAGAUUGGCUUGUCAGAUUUCAGUGCAACUUUCUUUGCGUUAUUCGAAGUAAAGGAAAACGGCUUUGAUCGAAAGCUUGAAGAUACAGAGUUUCCUCACAGUAUCUAUGUUAAAACUUACAAGCAAUCAGAAAGCAAACUCAUCUUUAAAAAGUGGAUCUUCACCCUUACCAAGGAGGUGGAAAUGAACGAAGAUGAAGUUGCUGUUAAUAUACUGUUCUGGCAGGCAAUCGAAGAUAUUCGAAAAAAUCGAAUAAAAAUUCCAGAUGACCAAAUCUCCCAUGUCAAAGAACUACAGCAGACUAAAAACAAAAUAAAUCUGCUUGAUGUAGUUCGAAGUUUUGACGGAUAUGGCAGCAUUCAAUUUCCGCAUUGCCUGUGUGAUGCCAGGAAGGACGGACCAAUCAUAUUGUCGAUUUCACUUAAAAAUUUGCAGCUAAAAGCCUGCCAAGAGGACGGUACGCCUUUGGAACAAGAGCAUACAUUCACAUGGGAAGAAAUAACGAGUUGGGAAGCGGAUGAAGAGGCCAUGAAUUUCAUGUUUGAAUAUCAGCGUGCUGGGAAAAAGCCUCGUCAAGUUCGUGUUCGGUCGCCCUAUUAUGUUUAUAUGCAAGAAUGCAUCGAUCGAAUAAAAACAGAAAUUGGCUGGUUCACCAAGGAUGGAACCAACAAUCUGAUACUACCUUCAAACGUUGGCCCCACCGUAGGCAAGGUCGCAGAUAUCACGUCAUCAGCAAUUUCGUCGCGUCCAACUUCGAAAGUAAAAAAGGUGAAGGAAAACGACGAUGUGAACAUUGGCGAUGGCGACUUGUAAAUUUAUAUAACCUCAGAAAUUUAUCACAAAUUUAAUUAAUGUACAUUUAACUACUCGCAGUUUUUGUAUGAUUGCUCAAUCGUUAAUGAUUCGAUAAAUAUUGUAUAGUGGUAGCAUUAUGACAUCAUAUGUAUUACCAACUAAAAUGCUUAAGGCACUCAGGUAUGCUGAAUGCCAAAACCUUCGUUCGCUCCAGUUAGAAUAAAACUUCUGUCCAAUUCCUCUUGUUAAUGUUUUUAACAGUGAAGUUUUGUUGCUAUUGGCUCGUGGUAUUCUAAAGUGCAUUAAACUGUGCAUUAUCGUCGCGUCAGGCCAAAAUCUAAUGGACUUAGGCCCUGUUAACACCAGACCGUAUUCAUUUCGUGUCGGAUUCACAGACCUGAUCCGAAACGGCUAUUACGGCUGUUCACACAAACCGGAUUCAUUUUGUAUCAGAUGUACUUCUGUUUACACUGCUCCGAUAUAUUCAUGUCUUUGUGGGGAUUAAGAAGUGCAUCAAACUGCUUUUGGAAACGAAGCUAACAGAGGUUAAGGAACCUACAGACAGAGGUUCCGGAACAAUAUCUUACCGGAUUCAUGCGGUCAAACAGGCGCAAAAGUGAUCCGAUAUCCCAUACCACAUUGACUCUGCAAAAACAAAACAGAGCGUAUCGGAUCCAAGCGUUAUCAUGUUAGCAGAGCACCCAUCCUAUAUGAAAAGUGACCCGAUACCAAGUGAGUCCGGUAUAACUAAUCCGGUUUAAUUAAUCCGGUACAAGACUAAAAUAGUAGAAGACUGCGCCUUACAAGUUGUUGCCUAUUUUUAACCCAAGUAGGAGUCUGUUUAUAUUCGCUGGAAUCUUUGUUUCAUUUUCCUCUAUACCCUCUUGCAGAUCCGGUUAAUACAUUCCCGGCUGUCACCCAUGAUAGAUCAAUCAUUUCUUUUAAAGAUCUCCUUCUACCGUUAACACAUCCAAAUUCGGGAUUUGCAGUUUACUUACUUUGUUUUCCCGUUGCAUGUUGUUUCAAAAGAAUUUUUUAAUCCCAUGAUACAUGAAUGAUUCUUUUAAUCCCCUUGUUACCAUAAAAUGGGUCGCAAUACAUUUCUAUUGCAUUCUUUUCCCUGGCCAUAUUGUUAACAAACAGUACCUACUCCCAUGACAAAUGUAACAUUCUUUAGAAUUCCCAUGGCACCUUGAUUUUCCCAUUUCGUAACUAUUAGUUUAUUAUACAGGUAUUAAGAUACAGCCUUCUAUGUUCACACCUAGCAGGACAUGGCAAAAAUGUCUCUUUGAGCUAGUUUGUGAUCAUCUUAAGUCAGCUUGGAACCAAAGGCGCAUCGGGUAAAAUAUUGAUUGAAAUAAUAUUGAAUAUUGUAAAUCGGAAUCAAAGAUUCUUCUCACUUGAAUUGUCUUCCUUCUUCUUGUUAUGAAUACCUUAAUUCAUUGAAGUCCUUUUUCUCCUCAGUAGCUGGACAAAAAUAUGUUGAUGAAAAUUAGUUCAAGGUGGCCCAGGAAAGAAAUGAUUCACUUUUUCAAUGGGUUCUAACACCCUAGAAAAAUCGACCUUUUCUACCCAUGGCCUCUUUGCAGUAGCUUCUUCAGAAGUUUUUAUAAACUUAGGCAACAUUUAUCUUCCCUGGAAGGAAAAUUAUGAACAAGAAAAUAGUGAGAGCAUAUUAAAGCAAACGGAUUUAUAGGGAAAUUGAAAAUAUUGAGUAUGUAAGGGACUAAGAAUGAAUGAAUCCAUAAUAUCGCUAAACUUAAAGCAAAUUUGUCUAGCUGUUCAGACAAGGCGGCCGUCCUAAGAGAAGGGGGGAGGCUGUGCUUCAGGCGACAUCUAGAGCCACACCCAUUAACAGCUGCUACUAUGAGUUUCAUGCUUGAUACGACAUAAGGAACAUUUGCCCGAUGAUUGCAUUUAGAGUGAGUACCAAUUUAGGAACGUCUGAUCUUUACUCCAGAAGCGUUGUCAAAAAGGCAAUUGAGGUUGAUUAAUAAAUAAACUGAUAGGUAUUUCUUUUCAAUUGGAUAUCAAUUUUGGAUUUUGUGAUUUUUUUAUCUACCAUCAAUUGAUAGUGCACUUUUUUAAUAGAACAAUUUCAUACGAACACGAGCUCCAAAAAUAUGCCACGCUGAUGCUGAGGUACCGUAAGAUGCAAUUAUGAACAAACUUUGUUCACAUACUUUUUCAAUUUUGGCAUUGUGUUUGUGACACCCCUUUAAAGAACCGUUUCAAAAAUUUUCAGUUUUACUACUUAAGGGUGCUUGUUGGCGAAAUUCAAACUUUUUAGCAAGUUAGGGAUAGCCAGUGGUCCAGACCUAAGGCUUGCUAAGGGUGAAUACCCCAUAUUGCCGACGAAUUUGGUCUGAAUACCUUUAUAUGACCCCGCUUAAACCCUUAAAUGACCCUGCUUGCACCUUUUGUGCUUGAAAACAAAACAAGAACAGUCGGCCUGAACCUCAAUUUAUUUGUUCUUACAAAAAGAGACUUUAGCUGCUUUAAAGCACCAAUUCGCUUUGCCUCACAAUGCGUUCAAUCCCCGCCUAUCCACUCCUAGAAUCCCAUCCUGAUUAAUUGAAUCAAACCCUUAUUACUUGUUAUUAGCAUGUAUCAUCUAAGUGUCAUACAAUUAAUUUGUUGAAAACACUAAAACACACCAUUGCCGUUCAAUGAAUGACUUUCGCCAUUAUUUCGACACCUGCUUCAAAAUACAUUACUAUUUCACUUUAUUUGACUAGUUGUAUCAAUUAAACAACAGCUGCCUCGUAAAAAUCUAUUUUAUUACCAAAUCUCGAGUGUUUCUUCCUUGUUUCUUGGACUUCUCACGUCGUAUUUGCUCACGUAAUAAAGCAAGUCUAUUUGUCAACAAAUACUAGGGUAAUUUUUUUUGAGCGGGAUUAACCUAUUUGAUUGUACAGCUUUCAAAAACUGUACAGAGCUGGUAUUUGCAGUUUGUAUAUGCGAAUAUAUAAAAUACCUCAGAUUUUCGAAGUUCCUCAGACCGACUCGCCUCUUCAUUGCGUCUUGCCUGUUGCUUUCAGUGAUAAUUCAGCAAAGAUGUUCAAGCUUCUGUGUUUAACGGCACUCAUAGCCAUGGCUAGUGCUGCAUCAUUCUCCAACUGCGAUAGCAGUGCUCCAGUACAGAUCAUGCUAAAAAGCCUUCCAGACCCUGUACGACUUGUCUCCGGUGGAAAAAUCCCACUCAGUGGCACACUUCUUGUCAAAAAGCUUCUGCCCACUAAACUCAAGCUCAAAGUGAAGGUCGAAAAGAAAAUCUUGUGGGGUUACAUCAGUCUGCCCUGCAUUUCAAACGUCGGAAGCUGCGAAUACAUUCUUGAUUGCUCCACAUUGUUGGGACAAUGCCCCACCUGCAGAUGCCCAGUUCCAGCUGGAACACACCCAGUGGACCAGAGCGUAACUGUGCCACCAAUCAGUAUCCCAUCAUUUCUGACCAAUGGAGAUUACAAAGUAACUUUUGAUGCAAGGGAUGCAAGCAACAACCAAAGAAUUAGUUGUGGACAACUGAAGCUCAGAAUAUCUUCAUAACUCCAUGCAAGAUCAUGUUUGAUAAAUAAUUUUAUUGUAUCGAUUUUAUCUUUGAUGCACAUAUAUUAAAAA